CCUCUGUCCCCAACGCCAAGCCAGCGCCGCGGCCUCUCCUGCUAUUAUAGCCAUCGCUGCCCUCCCCUUCCCAACGUCUCUGCGCCGGCCGACCCCUCCCCCCCGCGCGCCCCGAGAAGCCCUCCUCCCCCCGCUAACCAUGGCAAUGCGGGACCAAGACCGCGUUGUGAUGUCCGCGCCCCUGCAACCGCGGCCCGCGCACCUCUCCUCCUCCUCCUUCUCCUCCACCUCCUCCUUCGGCUCCACGUCGUCGUCGUCCUCCUUCACGGACGCCGCCGCCUCGCCGCCGCCGAUGCCGCCGCCGCAGCGGGGCGGGUGCAAGGCGCUCGCGGUGCUGCGGGACCACCCGGGCUCCGUCUCCUGCCUCUCGCUCUGCGGGGAGUUCCUGCUCAGCGCCUGCACGGGCGCCGACAUCGUCGCGUGGCAGCAGCCGGACCUCCGCCGCUUCGCGCGGUUCGGCCACGGGGAGGGGUCCGUCAAGGCGCUGGCGGCGGCGGGCGGGCGCGUCUUCUCCGCGCACCAGGACGGCCGCGUCCGGGUCUGGCGCGUGUCGCGCCGCUCCGAGAACGCAUUCAAGCUCGUCGCCGCGCUGCCCACCGCCAGGGACUACCUGGGACGGAUCUUCCGGCAGGCGAGCUACGUCCAGACCCGCCGCAACCACCGCCGCCUCUGGAUCGAGCACGCCGACAGCAUCUCAUGCCUCGCCGUCCACGACGGCGUCCUCUACUCGGGGUCCUGGGACAAGACGCUCAAGGUCUGGCGCACCGCCGACCUCAAGUGCCUCGAGUCCAUCCGCGCCCACGACGACGCAGUCAACGCCGUCGCCGCCGACGGCGGCGUCGUCUACUCGGCCUCCGCCGACGGCCGCGUCAAGGCCUGGGAGAAAGGCAAGGCCUCGCAUUUCCUCCAGGGCGUCCUCGUCGCCCGCGACGGCGUCUCCUGGAACGCCCUCGCGGUCGGCGCCGACCACCGGGUGUAUGCCGCGGGAUCGGACGGCCACGUCGUCGGGUGGGACCGGCUCGGCAGCAGGAGCGCCGCCCGGUGGACCCUCGCGUGCGACGUCAAGGCGCACGACAUGGCCGUGCUCUGCAUAUGCAUCGUCAGAGACCUCGUGUGCACUGGCUCCGCCGACAAGACCAUCGGCCUGUGGGGCCGGCAGAGCAGCGGCGAGCUCGCCAAGGUGGGCACCAUCGGAGGCCACGAAGGUCCAGUCAAAUGCCUGCAGGCUUCCUGGUGCAGGGUGAGCAAUGGCUGCAUGGUGUACAGCGGGAGCCUUGACAAGAGCAUCAGAGUUUGGUGGGUGCCCGGUGGUUUGGACGGCAAUGAUCAGCAGCAGCAGCAGCAGCAGCAAGACAAGUGCUUCUUCAAGGAUCAGAAUCAGAAUGACAAGGCCUCUCUGUUCUUGAGAUGAAAUGUGUUUGUUUCAAAAUUCAAAAUGAAUUGUUUGAUAUUGUUCUGGUCUAGCAUGUAGUGCGGAUUGUCUGACACUGCCGGAGUUGGUGAUUUUUUAUUAAAAAGAGGAGAGCAUACAAGGAUACAUAAAGAGUAGCCAUAGAGUGGGUGUAAUUGUGUAAAUGGCUGAAUAUAUAUUCUGAUUUUUAUUUGAUAGGUUUUGAUUGGAUGGAAAAGGCUCAACAUUUGUGAAUUAUAAUUUAUAUCCCCUUCUUUUCUGAUUA